GGCAUGCUGGGGAAGGUGUGACACGUCGCGUGCUGUGUCUGCCACCACCACCACCGCCGCCGCUGCCGCCGCAGUGAAGCAGCGACCACACACUCGCUGCCUUCCACUGCUACACUCCUGCUGCUGGUGCACCACACCACCUCACUCUCACCAUGGGGAUCAAAUUCCUCGAGGUGAUAAAACCGUUCUGUGCGGUUCUGCCAGAAAUACAAAAGCCAGAACGAAGGAUUCAGUUCCGCGAAAAGGUGCUAUGGACUGCCAUUACCCUAUUCAUCUUCCUUGUUUGUUGCCAGAUUCCUCUAUUUGGAAUCAUGAGCUCGGACUCUGCAGAUCCCUUCUACUGGAUUCGUGUGAUUCUGGCUAGUAACAGAGGUACACUCAUGGAACUGGGUAUCUCUCCUAUUGUCACCUCCAGUUUAAUCAUGCAGCUGUUGGCAGGUGCUAAAAUAAUAGAGGUUGGUGAUACUCCCAAGGACAGAGCUCUCUUCAAUGGUGCCCAAAAGCUUUUCGGUAUGAUGAUUACAAUUGGGCAAGCGAUAGUCUAUGUGAUGACAGGCAUGUAUGGUGACCCUUCAGACCUGGGUGCUGGAGUUUGUCUCCUUAUCAUUAUCCAACUAUUUGUUGCUGGACUUAUUGUGCUGUUGCUUGAUGAACUACUGCAGAAGGGUUAUGGCCUUGGUUCUGGCAUCUCACUUUUCAUUGCCACUAACAUAUGCGAGACAAUUGUGUGGAAAGCGUUCUCCCCUGCCACUGUUAAUACAGGACGUGGCACAGAAUUUGAAGGCGCUGUUAUUGCUCUCUUCCAUCUUUUGGCUACCAGACAAGACAAGGUACGCGCUCUGAGAGAGGCUUUCUAUCGCCAGAAUCUCCCCAAUUUAACCAAUCUCUUGGCUACAGUCCUCAUCUUUGGAAUUGUCAUAUAUUUCCAGGGCUUCAGAGUGGAUCUUCCUAUAAAAUCGGCUCGUUACCGUGGCCAGUACUCGUCAUACCCUAUUAAGCUGUUUUACACCUCCAAUAUUCCCAUAAUCCUCCAAUCUGCACUGGUUUCAAAUCUCUAUAUUAUAUCUCAGAUGCUGGCCAUAAAGUUCCAGGGUAACUUCUUUGUGGGUCUGCUUGGGGUGUGGGCAGACACUGGAUCUGGUGGUCCUGGGCGUGCCUCCUACCCAGUUGGUGGUCUCUGUUAUUACAUGUCUCCACCAGAAUCAUUUGGCCACAUUUUAGAAGAUCCUUUCCAUGCUGUUAUCUACAUUGCUUUCAUGCUUGGAUCUUGUGCAUUCUUCUCAAAGACAUGGAUUGAAGUGUCUGGCUCUUCUGCUAAAGAUGUUGCUAAGCAGCUGAAGGAGCAGCAGAUGGUCAUGCGUGGACAUCGUGAGAAGUCAAUGAUACACGAAUUAAACCGUUACAUUCCGACGGCUGCAGCAUUUGGUGGUCUUUGCAUUGGUGCCCUUUCAGUUUUAGCUGAUUUCCUUGGAGCUAUUGGGUCUGGCACAGGGAUCUUGCUUGCUGUAACAAUUAUCUACCAGUACUUUGAAAUAUUCGUAAAGGAGCAGAGUGAAAUGGGUGGCAUGAGCACGUUACUCUUCUAAGCCACUACCUCAGGACUAUUUUAAGAUUGAAAAUAGAUGAAAAGGGGAAUAGCGUGUGCACUGGAGAUAUUACUCUAUUUGAGAAUCUAGAGUUUACCAGUUCUCAUCUGGUUAUUAUUUGAUGGCUUCUCUAUUAAGAGGUGCUUAGUGGAGUUAUGCAGCAUCUUUACCUUGUAAUGUUAGCUGCAUCAGGUUUCAUAGAUUUUUAUAUCCCACGUGGUUGGUGUAUUUAUUUUUAUCAGUAGACCAAAGGUACAAUGACUAAAUUUGCAAGUCUUCAUUUCUUGAAUUUGUUAAUAUUUCGUAGUCUAUUCAAAAGGAACUAUUUUUCUCGUGGAUCAAGGAUGUAUGAUGAAACUUAUCGGCAGCACUGGAAGAACCCUAGUGUUUGUAUAGCUGGUGUUCUGGCACUGAAACAUUGCUUUAAUGUUCUGUGAUUUGAAUGUGUAAUGCCAGUGAAUUAUGUUACAUGUGCGUAUUGUGCAAAUGUUUAUACUUUUUACAAGUAGUUGUAAGGAUGUAAUAAUUAAAAAUUAAGAAUA